GCUAUCAAGUCUUUUUCCCCUUUCAAAUUCCCUGCUUAGUCAAAUGCACACACAUAUCAUGAACCUUAUCAUCUCCUUCAAAGAUUCAUCAGGCACUGACAUUAUACCUCAACUCACCUCUCAUCCCUAUAUCUCUAUAAGGCCGGCCGACCACCACCCCUGGUGGCGGCGCACGACCAACAGCGGCAACACACAGAGGCGCGUGGAGGUGCGACGGGGCGGAGAUGGCGGCUGCAGAGGGGUUUUGUGUCGAGAUCGAAGGAGAUAGGGGCUGUAGUGGUUCGAGUGACGGCCAGAUUCUCCGACGAGUUUCCGGUCAGGUGCUCCGACGAGUUUCCGGUCAGGUGCUCCGACACGCCCCACACCCCUCGAUCGACAAAAUAGAUCACCACCACAAUCCGGUGGUGGUGUGGUGGCGAAGAGAGACGGUGAGAGAGAGGAGCCGGCGGAGCGGCGUCGAGCUUCGGCGAGGUACAAGCAGCGACGACGGCGACGGAGGUAACUCGCCAUCGGGUUUCGUUUCAGAGUCACUUGAUUCAGGUUGUUCAGAUUUUGAGUUGGGGAUUCAACGCGGUUCAGGUUCGGGUCUUCUCGGAUCUGGUCUACUGUGGUUCGGGUCAACAUUUCGGGUUUGGUCAGUUAGUCAACGGGUCAAAGGAUGGUCAACAGGUCAGCCUGGUUCGAAAGUUAGGGGUGGUGGUGUUGCCGAUUGAGUCGGGUUUCAGUCUCGACUCGCGUUCGGACAACAUUCAGGCUCGGUCAACAUCCGUCAACGAGAAGUUUCUGGUCAAACCCAUGUCAACAUCGGUGAAAGCGCAGUCAACUUGAAGAACCGGUAACAAGAUUUAAACAACGCAAAACUUCGCUAAUUAGUUAUAGAUUUAGAUUUUAUAUUACGUGAAACCGAGCUCGACCCGAUUAGUUUACGCUUAUACGGUUGCGAUUUAUUACGUUCUUUGCGUUUUUAAUGAAAAUUAUACAUAUAUACUGUUUAUGUUAAUGAAAUAUUGUUGAAAAA